GAUUUUGCAACUGCCUUGUCAUAACUAAAAAUAGAUAUGUUGACAACACUACUUCAAUCGGCCAGCUAAAAAUCGGAAAUUUACGCCACUCAAAAAUCUCCAAUCGAAAAUAAAACAAAUAUAAAUAAAAUAAUCUAAUGCCAAAAUAAGAUAGACCCACCUGGUUUGUAGCGACAGCGAAAUUUGCCGAUAUGUCCGUUCGCUACGACUGGUACCAAUCGGAAACGAAGGUGGUCGUGACCGUUUUGCUGAAAAACGCCGCAGACAAGAACUACAAUGUGUCCAUAGAGGCGCGCCGGCUACACAUGACCGCCGACGGAUAUGAGCUUGACCUGAAUCUGCAGCACAACGUCGUGGUGGAGCGCUCCUCCCACAAGGCCUAUCCGUCGAAGGUGGAAAUCACACUAGCCAAGGAAACGGGCGUCCGUUGGGAGAGCCUCGAGGAGAAAGACAAGGCGGUGGCUACCGCUGCCCCAUCUAAGGCGCAGGCAAAGAACUGGGAUCUUUUGGUCAGCGAGGAGGAAAAGAUCGACGAGAAGGAGGCCAAGGGCGAGACGGCUCUCAACAACCUGUUCAAGAAGAUCUACAGCACCUCGUCGCCAGAGGUGCAGAAAGCCAUGAACAAAUCCUUUUCAGAGUCCGGGGGUACCGUGCUCAGCACAAACUGGAAUGAGGUUUCCAAGGAGAAGGUCACCGUAAAGCCUCCAGAGGGAACUGAGUUCCGCGAGUGGGAGAAAUGAACUAAUGCGACCGGAGACACAGAUGUAAACAGAGAUAAACAAAUAUACAUAUAUUUAUAGCAUUGAAAAAGAAAGAGUUUAGAACGACCCGUAUUUUAUUAAAAGAAACUAACAAUGA